AUGGCGCUUUCUGCACUUAGUCCUUCGAGUAUGGCUGGUACUAGCGUCCUUAUGAGGUUGAUGAGAGGACUUGUGAAGCCAUCUUCAUCUACCAUUGAACAGCAGCUCAAGCUUCUCUUGGCAGAACGGCAAUCCGCAGCAGAGGCCCAGGCAGAUGCUGUGGCAGAAGCAAGGAUAGAAGCAACGCAGCGGUGCCUUCGUGAACUACUUAAGAUUCUAGAUGCGGUGGAUGGAUUACAUGCCCAAGCAAAAUCCCAUCCAAAGUCUCGUGGGGCACUUACCAAACAUCUCCACGAGAUCCAAGAAAGUAUCGCUGCGACCCACUCCCUAGCUGAUCAAGUACUAGACACUUUGGAAGCCCAAAGAAUAGCACCCAAUCGCCUAGAUAUGUUCGACUCUAGUCUUCAUAAUGCUGUUCGUGUCAUAGAAGAUUCUUCGCUUCCGUCCAAUACUGUUUGCGAAACACUGCAGCCUGGUCUCCUCCAUAAGGGCACAGUCAUCAGACCUGCCCAAGUCGUGAUAAAUGAUAUCUACUAA